GAGGGGCGGGGCCACGCUGCGGGCCCGGGCCAUGGCCGCCGCCGAUGCCGAGGCAGUUCCGGCAAGAGGGGAGCCUCAGCAAGAUUGCUGUGUGAAGACGGAGCUGCUGGGAGAAGAGACACCUAUGGCUGCCGAUGAAGGCUCCACAGAGAAACAGGCAGGAGAGGCCCACUUGGCUGCUGACGGUGAGACCAAUGGGUCUUGUGAAAACAGCGACGCCAGCAGUCACGCAAAUGCUGCAAAACACACUCAGGAGAGCGCAAGGGCCAACACCCAGGAUGGCACCAGCACACUAACCCGGAUAGCGGAGAACGGGCUUUCAGAAAGAGACUCGGAAGCGGGGAAGCAAAACCACGUCACCACCGACGACUUUGUGCAGACUUCUAUUGUUGGCAGCAAUGGAUACAUCUUAAAUAAGCCGGCCCUGCAGGCGCAGCCCUUGAGGACUACCAACACUCUGGCCUCUUCACUGCCUGGCCAUGCUGCAAAAACCCUUCCUGGAGGGGCUGGCAAAGGCAGGACUCCAAGCGCUUUUCCCCAGACGCCAGCUGCCCCACCAGCCACCCUUGGCGAGGGGAGUGCUGACGCAGAGGACAGGAAGGCCCCGGCCUCUGGCACCGACGUAAAGGUCCACAGGGCACGCAAGACCAUGCCGAAGUCCGUCGUGGGCCUGCAUGCAGCCAGUAAAGACCCCAGAGAAGUUCGAGAAGCUAGAGAUCAUAAGGAACCAAAAGAGGAGAUCAACAAAAACAUUUCUGACUUUGGACGACAGCAGCUUUUACCCCCCUUCCCAUCCCUUCAUCCGUCGCUACCUCAGAACCAAUGCUACAUGGCCACCACAAAAUCACAGACAGCUUGCUUGCCUUUUGUUUUAGCAGCUGCAGUAUCUCGGAAGAAAAAACGAAGGAUGGGAACCUAUAGCCUGGUUCCUAAGAAAAAGACCAAAGUAUUAAAACAGAGGACGGUGAUUGAGAUGUUUAAGAGCAUAACUCAUUCCACUGUGGGUUCCAAGGGGGAGAAGGACCUGGGUGCCAGCAACUUGCACGUGAAUGGGGAGAGCCUGGAGAUGGACUCAGACGAGGACGACUCAGAGGAGCUCGAGGAGGAUGACAGCCACGGCGCGGAGCAGGCGGCCGCCUUCCCCACAGAGGACAGCAGGACUUCCAAGGAGAGCAUGUCGGAGGUGGACCGCACCCAGAAGAUGGACGGGGAGUCUGAGGAGGAGCAGGAGUCGGCCGACACCGGGGAGGAGGAGGAAGGCGGCGACGAGUCUGACCUGAGUUCUGAAUCCAGCAUCAAGAAGAAGUUUCUCAAAAGGAAAGGGAAGACCGACAGUCCCUGGAUCAAGCCAGCCAGGAAGAGGAGGCGGAGAAGUAGAAAGAAGCCCAGCGGUGCCCUCGGUUCUGAGCCGUAUAAGUCAUCUUCAGGAAGCACUGAACAGACAGCACCAGGAGACAGCACGGGGUACAUGGAAGUUUCUCUGGACUCCCUGGAUCUCCGCGUCAAAGGAAUUCUGUCCUCACAAGCAGAAGGGUUGGCUAACGGUCCGGACGUGCUGGAGACAGACGGCCUCCAGGAAGUGCCUCUCUGCAGCUGCCGGAUGGAAACGCCGAAAAGCCGAGAGAUCACCACUCUGGCCAACAGCCAGUGCAUGGCUACCGAGAGCGUGGACCAUGAAUUGGGCCGGUGCACAAACAGCGUGGUCAAGUAUGAGCUGAUGCGUCCAUCCAACAAGGCCCCGCUCCUUGUGCUGUGUGAAGACCACCGGGGCCGCAUGGUGAAGCACCAGUGCUGUCCCGGCUGUGGCUACUUCUGCACAGCGGGUAAUUUUAUGGAGUGUCAGCCCGAGAGCAGCAUCUCUCACCGUUUCCACAAAGACUGUGCCUCUCGAGUCAACAAUGCCAGCUAUUGUCCCCACUGUGGGGAGGAGAGCUCCAAGGCCAAAGAGGUGACGAUAGCUAAAGCAGACACCACCUCGACGGUGACACCAGUCCCCGGGCAGGAGAAGGGCUCAGCCCUGGAGGGCAGGGCCGACACCACCACGGGCAGUGCGGCUGGACCACAACUCUCAGAGGAUGACAAGCUUCAGGGCCCCGCCUCCCACGCGCCCGAGGGCUUCGAUCCGUCGGGACCUGCCGGACUCGGGAGGCCGACCCCCGGCCUUUCCCAGGGACCAGGGAAGGAGACCUUGGAGAGCGCUCUCAUCGCUCUCGACUCGGAGAAACCCAAGAAGCUUCGCUUCCACCCAAAGCAGCUGUACUUCUCUGCCAGGCAAGGGGAGCUUCAGAAGGUGCUCCUCAUGCUGGUGGACGGAAUUGACCCCAACUUCAAAAUGGAGCACCAGAAUAAGCGUUCCCCACUGCACGCUGCGGCGGAGGCCGGACACGUGGACAUCUGCCACAUGCUGGUUCAGGCGGGCGCCAAUAUCGACACCUGCUCAGAAGACCAGAGGACCCCGUUGAUGGAAGCAGCCGAAAACAACCAUCUGGAGGCAGUGAAGUACCUCAUCAAGGCCGGGGCCCUGGUGGAUCCCAAGGAUGCAGAGGGCUCCACGUGUUUGCACCUGGCUGCCAAGAAAGGCCACUACGAAGUGGUCCAGUACCUGCUUUCGAAUGGACAGAUGGACGUCAACUGCCAGGAUGAUGGAGGCUGGACGCCCAUGAUUUGGGCCACAGAGUACAAGCACGUGGACCUCGUGAAGCUGCUGCUGUCCAAGGGCUCCGACAUCAACAUCCGGGACAACGAGGAGAACAUUUGUCUGCACUGGGCAGCAUUCUCUGGCUGCGUGGACAUAGCUGAGAUCCUGCUGGCUGCCAAGUGUGACCUCCACGCCGUGAACAUCCACGGAGACUCACCGCUGCACAUUGCUGCCCGGGAGAACCGCUACGACUGUGUCGUCCUCUUUCUUUCUCGGGAUUCAGAUGUCACCUUAAAAAACAAGGAAGGGGAGACGCCCCUGCAGUGCGCGAGCCUCAACUCCCAGGUGUGGAGCGCUCUGCAGAUGAGCAAGGCUCUGCAGGACUCGGCCCCCGACAGGCCCGCCCCCGUGGAGAGGACCGUGAGCAGGGACAUUGCUCGAGGCUACGAGCGCAUCCCCAUCCCCUGUGUCAACGCCGUGGAUGGCGAGCCAUGCCCCAGCAACUAUAAGUACGUCUCUCAGAACUGCGUGACAUCCCCCAUGAACAUCGACAGAAACAUCACCCAUCUGCAGUACUGCGUGUGCGUCGACGACUGCUCCUCCAGCAACUGCAUGUGCGGCCAGCUCAGCAUGCGCUGCUGGUACGACAAGGACGGCCGGCUCCUGCCAGAGUUCAACAUGGCGGAACCUCCCCUGAUCUUCGAGUGCAACCACGCGUGCUCCUGCUGGAGGAACUGCCGAAACCGCGUCGUGCAGAACGGUCUCAGGGCAAGGCUGCAGCUUUACCGGACGCGGGACAUGGGCUGGGGCGUGAGGUCCCUGCAGGACAUCCCACUAGGCACCUUUGUCUGCGAGUACGUUGGGGAGCUGAUUUCCGACUCGGAAGCCGAUGUUCGGGAGGAAGAUUCUUACCUCUUUGACCUCGACAAUAAGGACGGGGAGGUUUACUGCAUCGAUGCGCGGUUCUACGGGAACGUCAGCCGGUUCAUCAACCACCACUGCGAGCCCAACCUGGUGCCCGUGCGCGUGUUCAUGGCCCACCAGGACCUGCGCUUCCCCCGGAUCGCCUUCUUCAGCACCCGCCUGAUCGAGGCCGGGGAGCAGCUGGGGUUUGACUACGGAGAGCGCUUCUGGGACAUCAAGGGCAAGCUCUUCAGCUGCCGCUGCGGCUCCCCGAAGUGCCGGCACUCGAGCGCGGCUCUGGCCCAGCGUCAGGCCAGCGCGGCCCAGGAGGCGCAGGAGGACGGCCUGCCCGACACCAGCUCCGCGGCCGCCGCAGACCCGCUAUGAGACGCCGCCGGCCGGGGGCCGUUUAGAGGAGGAGGAGGAGGAGGAGGAGAGAGUCUCAAAGGUCCGGCUUCUAGGCUGCGCCGCCGGCUUCCUGGAGGCGUCGGAGGUGAGGCUGCAGCCCGUGCGGGCGGGUGUGGACUCCUCCCAGCCACCUUCCCCGACCUGCGGCCUCGCUGCGGGCCCCUCGCCCGGGCUGGAGUGCCCACUUCGGCCCACGCCCCAAAGACGCUGGGAAUCCACGCUGGCAUCUCCUUGUGAGUUUCUGAUGCUGAUUUGUCGUUGCGAAGUUUCUCGUUUCUUCCUCUGACCUCCGAGGUCCUCGCUCUUCUCUUGUCCGGCCCAGACUCUUCUGUGCGGCGCUGCUCUGUUCUCCCCGCCCGCGGCCCGCGUGGCUAGUGCCGGGUCCCGGGGCCGCCCUGAGGACAGUCUUGGAGAGGUCAGGAGACCGACCCCGCCACUAACUUUGGAGAAAAUGUGGGUUUGCUUUUAAAGGAAUCCUAUAUCUAGUCCUAUAUAUCAAACCUCUCACUGACGUUUCUUUUCAAGGAAGUGGUUUGGUGGGUGCAGGCGGACCCCGCACCAGCCCCGCCGGUUCCGCUGACGCUGGCACCUUCUGUUGAUUUUUUAAGCCACAUGCUAUGAUGAAUAAACUGAUUUAUUUUCUACCAUUACUGAACAUUAGGACAAACAAAAAAUAAAAAAACACAGACAACGGUGCUGAUUCUGGUGUGGUUUCUACUCACCACGUGAAAUAAACUAUCAACUGUAUAAAGAGAACAAAAUGAUUUUAGAAUAAAAUGCAGGAAAAACUUUUUUAAAAAUGUUAGUCUUGUAGUGUGAAUAAACUUGCCAUCACCUUUUGCGUGGCGGCCUGGCAGGUCAUAUACUUUUUUUUGGCAUAUACCUUUUUAAAUACUGUAACUAGUGCAGUAACAGUGGGGUUUUUGGUGCAACUCUUCUAAGACAUUCAUAACGCAGUCAUGUUUAUUUUUUUCUGUUAAAAUGUUUUUGACAGUUUUAAGAGCAGUCUUUUGGCUCUGACCAUUUCUUGUUCUGUUUUCAAUGAAAUCAAUAAAAAAAAAAAGAGAAGUACUUUAAA